UAUGCAGUAGCCUACUGGUCUGUGUUUCAGCAUCGUUCCAAGCCCUCACAAGUGAACUCCUCGUAAUCCAGAGUAAUCUGAGAAGCCUGCAAGAUGAACAAAAUCCUGCUACUGAUGGCCUGUGCGGUCACUCUCGGUGCCGCUGGACGGAUUACUGUGAAUCCAGGCACGGCUCAGGGUAUAGGACGCAUGUCCCUUGGGGAUCUGCAGCGUCAAAGGUUUAUUCUGGAUAUUGUGCAAAACAUCCAGGAGCCGCUGCAGAAUGAUGAACUCAUCCGACUGGAUCAGGGUUUGAUUGUGGAGCCUCAGCGUUACCGCGGCGGCAUUGAUGGGGAAAUGCAGCGCGUCAUUGACUUGGAUCGCCAACGGCGUCUGCUCGACGAGCAUCAGAUCUGCUCGGUUGUCCGCGUGGAGGACGUGCAGCAGCUUCGUGGCAUCUACCGCCUGCUGGUGCGUGCCGUGGACUUCGAGACUCUGCAGCGCAACGUCGUCUACCUGCGAAGGAACAUCAAUCCCGUUCUGCUGAUUAACGCUUUGGUACGCGCCAUUCGCGAUCGCGAGGACACCCAGUCCCUGAUCGUUCCCGCUGUCCAAGAGCUGCUGCCCGAGCUGUACCUGGACCAGCAGGUGGUCGAGCAGGUUCAGCGCAUUCAAGAGGAGCAGACUCAGCGCCCCUCCCUCAUCGAUGUGGUUGGACUGGGCCAUCGGGGACCCAUGAACCCCAUGAUGAACAUUUUGAACCCGUGGCGCGAAAUGCGCAUGCACAUGGCGUUGAUUAGGCAGCAAGGACAAAAGUCGCGUCUGUCGCAGCUUGGAAACAACCGCGUGGUCAUCCCCAUCGAAGGACAGGAGCAGGGCUUAGGCACCUCCCUCCUCACCGACGAUAUUGGCCUGCGCAACUUUGUCCAGAAUCUCAUUCAGGAAUUGGCCCUUUUGGAGGGCGAGGAUGAGUCGCAAGAGGUUCCACUGCAUCGUAUUCCUCAGGGUAUGGAACAGGAUCAAGAUGAUGUCGUCAAUACUGGACGCCUGCUAUAUGUGAACCGUCGUCGCAUACAGCAGCAGAAGCAGCAGCAGCAGGAGGAUCAGCAGGAGAACAUCUCUGGCAACGAGAGACAGCGCUUCAUGCGUGUUCUCCGUCGUGACAACAACAACGACGAUGACGUAGAUGAUGAAGAGAUUAGGAUGGUUCGCGUGCCUCUGCAGCGCGGAAUCGGGCAGGGAAACAUUUACUUGGGAUCGCGCCAGGGAGGAGCCAUCGAUCUGCCCACCGUGAAUGCUGACAGCGAUCGCCUCUUGCACGUAAAUCGCCGCCGAGUGAACAGCAUUCAGCAGGAACAGGAACCAUUGCUGCAAACAGGAGGUGGCCAGCGCGUUCCGGGAUGGAUGCGCGGUAGCCGCUACAGCGAAGGGCGUCGGGUAGUCGAACAGGAUCAAGUGCAACAGCGAAAUGGCAACCAGGUGGAAAGCUUUGCCGACCAACUGGAGAGCGUCAGUCGCGACGAUGAGCGUCUGGUGCACAUCAACCGUCGUCGUCUCAAUCAGAUUGGCGUCGGCCAGCAGCAGAAGAUGCUCCCCCGUCGUGUGGCCUCCAUCGGUGAGGUGCGACAGGUGCUGGAUCGCCCCAUCCGAGAAGAGGAUAUUCUCAAGCUCAUCCGCAGCGAUCACCGUCUGUCCAUCAUGAGUGAUGACGAGAUCUUGGCCAUGCUCAAGCGAAACCGUGAGAAGCGUCUACAGAAUCCGACAAACAACGACGACGAUGCCGAUGAACAGCAGGUGGGAGAUUGGACUGAGCAGGAGGAGCAGCUGGAGCACCAGAGACAGGGACAACGAGUGCGCCGAAGCCUCACCAGCUAUCGCCAGCAGCAGGGUCUGGAUACGGAAAUGGAUUCCCGACGCAGCGAGAUUCUUCUACACAAUCUGCGCCAGCUGGUGGCUCGCCUGAACCAGGAGACCAUUGCCCAGGGACAGACCAUCGAGAAGAAGACCCUGUGGCUCAACAAUCCACGCCAGACCCAAUCCGAACGUUAUGCACUCCGCCUGGACCAGAUACGCAUCGAUUCCCUGCGUAGUCGUCAGCUCUUGGAUCAGAUCAACCAAAUCGAGCAGCGCAUGCAGCAGGCCAUUGGCCAGCUCAACAUACAAUCGAUCCGCGGUCAAUUCCAGGAGCAGCGUCAAGUGGAAGCCCUCAUUGCUGAUGUCCUGCUGGGCCGCCUUGGUCAAGUCGGCAUCCUGCGCAUCGUGCGCGAGUUGAUCCAAGAGAACAACCUGCAAGUCGAUCGCUCCGGCCUGGGUAUUCGCCUCAGCGAUCCCCUGGUCCAGUACACGCUAAGCCGCAUUGUCAGCAUCGUCGAUGAGCAGCGAGAGCAGCUCUUGGGUGGGUACAGGAGGGAGCAACUGGUCUUGCAGGGUGUGUCCAUCAAUGAUGUGCGCGUGGACAAGCUGCGCACUCGCAUUGAGGAGACCGACAUGGACCUGACCAACCUGAUUGGGCAGCAGGGUCGGCAAACGCAGCAGCAGGAGAUCCAGAGAACUAUUGUGGGCCGACAGCGACGCCUGAACAACAAGCCCUUCCUCAUCGACAUGGAUAUCAGCUCGGAGCGUGCGCAGGAGGUCGUCAUUCGUGUGUUCCUGGGCCCCAGCCUAGACUCCCAGGGCCGAGAUGCCUCCUUGGACCAGCGUCGACGUGACUUCGUCCUGUUGAACGCCAUUAACGUGGAGCUGAAGUCGGGCACCAACCGCAUCCAGCAGCGUUCCAUCGACAUUCCAUGGACCAGCCGCGAUGUGACGCCCCUCAGCGAGAUAUAUCGUCGUGUGAUGAUGCAGCUGCGCGGCCAGCAGGAGCUGGACACACAGGAAUUGGUCGGCGAGAAUGGACGUUUCCCGCAGCGUCUUCUCUUGCCCCGUGGCCGUCCUGAGGGCCUGCCCAUGCAGCUCCUGGUUAUUGUCUCGCCAGUUCUGGAGCAGCAGCAAUGGAGUAUCAUUCCCAGCGUAAGCUUGGGCAUAGGCUCUGCCUCGCUGCAGGACAUCCGUCCGCUCGGCUACCCCCUGGAUCGACCCAUUACCAACGAGCAGGAGCUGCUCCAAUUGCCUAAUGUCCAACUGCAGGAUGUGGUCAUUGUUCAGGAGAACUAAGCUUGAACGGACUACCAACCGAUCGACCGACCACCCGCCCUGUACCCCGUGCCCCAUUCGGAAGCCCACGAAUCGAAUCCUAGCUUAAACGAACUCAAAUCAUUUCUAUAAUCUUGUAAUCGUUGUACAUCCUAUAACUAUAUUAACUCUGAGUAAAAUCUUUGCAAUCGAUGCAAAAAAGCAUUACAA